AUGGCACCUUUCUUCUGGCUCCCAGGAAUCCUGUCACUGCUGCUUGUUCUGCACUGGGAACAUGGGGCAGGGAGCCCCACUCCUGACAAGGCCACCUGCACCACAGACCACCCAUGUCCCAGCAACCUCAUGACUCAGAUCAAGAACCAGCUGGAACAGCUCAACAGUACUGCCAACACCCUCUUUGUUCUCUACUACACGGCCCAGGGUGAGCCAUUCCCCAGUGAAGUGGACAAGCUGUGUGGCGGCCAUGACUUGACAAACUUCCCACCCUUCCACGCCGAAGGCACGGAGAAGGACAAGCUGGUGGAGCUGUACCGCAUCAUUGCCUACUUUAACAUCUCCCUGGGCAACAUCAUGGAGGACCAGAAGACCCUCAACCCCAAUGACCAGAACCUCCACAGCAAGCUGAGCUCCACGGCAGACACUGUUCGGGGGCUCCUCAACAACGUGCUCUGCCACCUGUGCAAUGAGUACAACAUGGGCCAUGUGGACAUGUCCUUUGGCCCUGAUAUCUCAGGCAACGAUAUCUUCCACAAGAAGAAGCUGGGCUGUCAGUGCCUGUUUAAUUAUAAGCAGGUCAUUGCUGAGCUGACCCAGGCUUUCUAGGCAGAGGAUUUU